CGGUGGCCGUUGGGACGUCGGCGGACUGUGUGCCUUCGCCGAGUAAAGGUGCAUGUCCCCAGUGUCCGCUCUGCUCGCCCGAUAAGGAAUGCGCCUUGCGAAGUCGCUGUGUGGUUUAGCAUUUGAUAAAACUUCAGCCGAUACCGUGGUAUAACAGGAGUCAUGGUUUGGUGUCGCUUCUACGUUUCUUAUCCAAGCGUGCGAGCCUAAUUCAUUGAGCUAGCUGUCGUUAGCCCGCUUCGUUGAUUCAUAGCGCGCUAGCUUGCUAGCUGGAGUGUGCUGCUGGCCCAUCCAGUUGACCGGGAGACGAGCUCGACUGACUGAAAAACACAGCCGCUGUUUGGAAACGAGGUGGUGGCGGCAGGCGGGGGGCCGGGAGAACGCGACGGGGUGGUAGCGAGUCAGGAGCGGCUGAUGAGUUCAGACCAGAGCGGAGAGCCACCGCUGCUGCAGGAGGAGGCUGAUCCCGGACCGAAGAGCGGUGGGAAGGACGAGGCUCCGCUGGGGAGCGAGGGAGGGUCAGGCGGCAUGGUCACCUCAAAGGGUGCUGGUUUGAACCCAAAUGCCAAGGUGUGGCAGGAGAUCCCUGUGGCCCCCAGCGAGGCUGUCCCCAGUCCUCACUGGCCUCCCUCAGACAUCAGUUAUUCAGAGCCUUCGUCAGCUGGUUGUAAGCCGUACUCUGUGGGAUUUACAGCCCUGGGUGACAGCAGCUCCACAGCAACAGCUGAGAUAGCAGUAAAUGGAAUGGACCCUCAAGAGCUGGGCUUUUCCCCCGCCGAGUCCACAACAGGGAGCUCCGAUUCCAAAACUGAAGAACAAGUGUCCUCUGAGAAUCUACGAGAGUCUCUGAAGAAAGAGCUAGAGUUUUAUUUCUCAAGAGAAAACCUCUCCAAGGACUUAUACCUCAUGUCUCAGAUGGACAGCGACCAGUUUGUCCCUAUCUGGACUAUAGCCAGCAUGGAGGGCAUAAAGGUUCUCACCACAGACAUGGAGCUCAUCCUGGACGUGUUGAGAUCUUCUCCAAUGGUACAAGUGGAUGAGAAAGGCGAAAAGGUGCGACCAAAUCACAAACGAUGCAUCAUCAUCCUGAGAGAGGUCCCUGAAACCACACCUGUAGAGGAAGUCGAGUCAUUGUUUAAAAACGAAAAUUGUCCAAAGGUGAUAAGUGUCGAGUUUGCACACAACAACAACUGGUAUAUCACAUUCCAAUCGGACACAGAUGCUCAGCAGGCAUACAAGUACUUAAGGGAAGAAGUCAAGACAUUUCAGGGAAAACCCAUCAUGGCACGGAUCAAGGCCAUCAACACAUUUUUCGCAAAGAAUGGUUACCGUAGCAUGGACAGCAGCUUGUAUGCUCAGCAGUCCCAGAACCAGUCCCAGUACAGCUCUCCACUUUACAUGCAGCAUGUCUACCCCCAGCAGCAGUACCCGGUCUAUGGCAUUGUGCCGCCCACCUGGACUCCUUCACCCACACCCUAUUUUGAAACUCCUCUGGCACCGUUUCCUAACAGCGGCUUUGUGAAUGGAUUCGGCUCUGCGGGACACUACAAAGCUGGCUCCACUGCUCUUAACCUAACUCGCCCAUUCAACAGAAACCGUGUCCCUCUGUAUUCGAGAAAGAAUGUAAUAAAUGCCUUCAGAAACCACGUUAAACCCCAGAUUAGGACCAGCGAGGUGACUGCAGCCUCAAUAACCCCUGUUCCCCUGGAGAGUCUGACCGGCCUGCGCAGCCCCCAGCCUCCCGUCAUCGGCGCCCCCACCUCCACUCAUCAGACGACCGCUGACAUCACCUCAGCCUUCUCGCAGCUCUCCUCCUCUUCAUCGUCUUUGGACCCGAACGACGACAGCGGCAUGGCUGGACGUGGACGACGAAGCACAACCUAUAGAGGAACGCGAAGGAGGCGAGAAGAGGAGCGGAACACGAGGCCGGUCCCCCUAGCUGAGGUGAAGGUUUCUCCGCCCAAGUUUGACUUGGCUGCCACCAACUUCCCGCCUCUUCCUGGCUGUGUGGUGAGCACACAGGGCGAGCCGGUGCUAGAAAACCGAAUGUCCGAUGUCGUACGUGGUUUGUACAAGACGGAGCAAACCAAUAAAGAUACCACUGUGAGUCCAGCGUCAGCCCAAACUCUGGCCACAGAGGUGGCUGUGACCGUCUCAAGUCCUGCUCCGACCGUCUCAAAAUCCGUUUCUCAACCACUUGGAUCUCUGGCUUCCCGUAUAAGUAAUCAGGAGAAGAGAGUGGAACGGGCUGAACCCCCAGUGUCCAAAGUAACUCAACGUACACCAGUUCAAGCUACUGUGAACUCCUCCCCUUCUUCCUCCUCCUCUUCCUCACAGCCCACGUCUAGCUCACGACCUCAGCCCUCUGCUGCUUCCACGCCGGCCACCCCCAGCACACCUGCCCCGUCUACAGCCGCUAUUACCACCCCAGCACAGGAACCCCGUAAACUCAGCUACGCUGAAGUGUGCCAGCGGCCACCCAAGGACCCUCCCCCCGCGGCCCCGGCCCCCUCCGGCACGGCGUCUGGCCAGCCGCUGCGUGAGCUGCGCGUGAACAAGGCCGAGGAGCCGGGCUCCGGCACCAGCCCCGGAGACAAGCAGGAGCGGGGCCACGACAAGGAGGGCGGGUGGGAGUGCAAGGAGAGCCGACCGCCGCGCGAACGUGACUCUCAGGGUUACUACCGCAGCAACGGCCCCAGAGGCGGGGGGGGGCUCAAGUUCCGGGACCAGCGGCGCCCGCCCCCGGCUCGACGAGGCUCCCCUCAGGGAGGCUUCAGGCUCUCUGGCAAAGAGCAGAACAUACCACCAGUAUCGCCAAAGUAAAAACUCAAUAUGAAUAGAAAAAAUAUGUAUGUGUGUGUAUAUAUAUAUAUAUAUAUAUAUAUAUAUAUAUACACA